CUCACUUACACUACACUUCGUGUUUCUUGCGACCUUCUGGAAGGAUACAGAAUGACGGCUUCGGUGAUUAUAUAUCCUAUCGUGUGCAUAUUGGCCGUUAUGACAGUAGUUCACGGUCUAGACGUAGCGCGAUUACAGAUGUUGUCCGAGAGCAUAGUGAAGUGCAGCGAGGAAUUGGGCGGGUCGCCGACUGCACCAACUGCCGAAAUAAUUGUAUGCGCGGGGGAAAAGGAUGGCAAAGUCUUUAACGCAAAUGGUGAAUACAUGAAAGAUGCAGCCAUAAAGGCAUUCGAGGAUUUUGUUUCCGACGCAGACAGAUUGAAAAAAGCGCAAGGGAUGUACGCCCAGUGUCACGAUAACGGGGUUCAAAGUGGAUCCACCGGCCGAGAGCAGUCGUUGAAGAUUGCCGGGUGUUCUUUGGCAAUUUUGCCUCUAUUGGACGCACCACAAUAAAAGUGACUUGCGGAUUUUCUUCCAUACAAUAUUCUAAACGCUAUCUUUACCUUUUUUCCGAGGUUUUCUGUAUAACUUUAUGUUUCCAGUUUGAUAUAUUUUUGUCAAAAUGUAUCUUUAUAUUGGUAAUACAAUAAAAUAAAGUUGAAAUAAA